AUGGCAUCAAAAUUAAUUAAUUACAAUAACAAUAUUUCCUUAAAUUCUUCCAAAAUUUGUUUAUCUCAACACAAUUUGCGUCUUUCUGCUCAUUUUGUUGAGAAAAUAUUUAUUGGAAUUUUAUUGCCUCCAAUUAUUUUGUUUGGUUUAAUUGGGAAUUGUUUAAAUCUUUUAAUUUUACUUGGAGGAAAUAAAAGAAAAAUUGCUAGGAUUAUUUUGGGUGUUUGUUUUGAACGUUUUAUAGCAAUCAGUAACCCUUUAAGUAUUCAUAAAAGUCGACCUUUUGGUAUUAAACUGUUUUUGGUUAUAGUUAUUAUUGCUACUUUUUUGUUAACUUUUUAUGUUCAUUUAAGUUAUCAAUGUAUUAUUAAAACAUUUUGCAAUGGAAGUCAAUUAUAUUCUUUUUGUUUCAACAUUGAUUCAAAAAAAUGGCAAACAAAUAAUUCUUUUCUGGCUAAUUCUCAAUUAAUUUAUUUGUAUUUACAUUAUAGUCCUAUAAUUCAUGCAGUUUUUGUAGUUUUUCUUCCAACAGUUUUAAUUAUUUUUUCAAAUUUAGGACUUUUAUUUGCUUUAUAUAAAAGAAAUUACCUUUCCGGAUUUAUUGGCCAUUCUGAUAGUUUAAAAACAACAAAAUCUUUGGAUUUAAACAGAAAAAGUAUUUGUUUAAAUACAUUUCGUGUUGAAUAUCGUGUUACUUUUAUUGUGACGCCAUCAGCAAUUAUUCAACUUUUUGUCGGCCCAGUUUCAGCAAAAGAUCCUUAUGUUACCCUUAGAGCUUUAACUGUCUUCCUUGUUACUUUAGGCAAAUCUCUUAAUUUUGUUAUUUUUUGUUUAAAUUCUGCUAGCUUCCGUUCACGUUUAAUUAAUUUUGUUAAUUCAAAAAUUAAUCAAAAAAGGUGUUUUAUAUUAAUAAAAAAUAUUUACUCAUAUAUUAAUUUUUUUAAAGAUUAA